GUCACAGUAGCCCCGCCCCCUCAAACUGUUAUCCCUCCGCGGUGGUGGAGCCCCGGAGGCCGAGUUACCGCCCCGCAGCGAACGCCGCCUCCGCCGCUCACUGUUGUGCGCCUGCUCGCCCUUCUUGUUCGGCCCCCCUCGGUCCGCGGCUGCUACGAGAAGGUCGGUGGACGAGGUGGACGAGGUUGUGGUGGUUGGUGGACGACGACGACGACGUCGACAACGACGACGAGGAGGAGGAGAAGCACGGUCGGGGCGCGGCCGCUGGGCUGACAUUGCCGUCGUCUGAAACCUUCCACGGCGUCGCGCCGCCGGAGAGAUAAACUGCCCACCCCCCGCGAAAGCCAGCGCCACGCACAACCGCUUCCUGUCACGACUACGAGCGGCGGGUGUGCGAUCGCGUUCCCGCUGACGGGAGGCCCGAGCGCGGUGGUUGACGCACCGCUCUCACCGCAAUGGUCUCGGCCGCCACCACCUCUGCCGCCGCCGUGUGCCACAACCCCCCGGGGCCGUGACGCACCGUGGGGAAAAAGCCGCCCUCUGCAGCCAGCGCCACCGUCGUCCCCACUCGCGCCCCCCGACUCCGCCACCUGGCUCUGAUUUCCUGGAAUGUAAACUUCGAGUUCAGGAGGAAGUUACUGGCUGGCUGACUUUCAGCACGAUAGACAUCCCGGUGCUGGGCACGUGUUACGGGUGGGUUCUGGUGGUGGUGGUGGGGGGUGGGGGGAGAGGUGGUGGCGGUGCGGAUAAUCACGGGAGGUGACCGCGGCGCGUUUGUCGUAGCCGCGCCGCAGCCGGCCGAAACUUCCAACGCUGAAACCUAGGUCGCCGCCACCGCGUUCGCUUGGAGCGGCCAUGCCGAUCCGAAGGUCGUUCGCUCCGGGCGCUGCCCAGCCGAACAAGCGGCACUCGCGCUUGGACCUCACCCCGGACAUGAUCAGCGGGCCCAUGGGUGACUUCCGGCACACGAUGCACGUGGGCCGCGGCGGGGACGCGUUCGGCGACACGUCCUUCCUCAAAUCCGACUCGAAGGCACCGGACGCGGCCCCCGCACCCCCGCCCGACGCCGUUCCUCCGCUCCCUCCGGGGGGCACGCGUACCUGGGCGGCGGUGCCCGAGGGGGACGAGCACGAGCAGCAACCGGCACUGCCGCCUCAGCCACCGCCACCCAAGAAGGAGAGCUUCCUGGCGCGGACGCUGCGCGCGAGCAAGCGGUCGCUGUCGGCCAGCCGGCGGAGCAGCCGCGCGUGCUCGCCGGCGCCGUCGCGCCCCCUCUCCCAGAGCGGAUCGCUCCCCCAGCUGCAGCAGCAGGACACGGGCGAGGGGGGGCGGCGGCGGCGGCGGCGGCGGCGGCGGCGGCGGCGGCGGCGUCGAAGACCGCGGCGCCGGAGGCCCGGGCGUCCCGCGCGAGCCUCACGCGCAGCGAGUCGGCCGAGGGGCCCCCGUCCCAGCCCAUGUCCCGUGAAGCAGAGGCCACCCCUCGUGGGCCAGCGGCUGCGCCCGUCGCACACCGACGGCGGAGGCGGCGCGGGCGGUUCGGGCCCCGUCAGGGCCGACCACCGCAUCUUCGGCGAGGGCGGCGGCGGCAGGGCGAACGGCGUUGCACGGGGCGGCUCGGUUCCCGACAGCCCCCCGCCGGUGCUGAAGCACGCCGAGUCGGUGCUGUCCUUCCACGUGGACCUGGGCCCCUCCAUGCUGGGGGACGUCCUCGGCGUCAUGGAGAACGAGAAGUUCUUCCACGGCGGCGGCGGUAGCUGCUGCGAUGACGACGAGCCGCCUCUUCAAAUCGACGAGAACCUGGAGUUUCUCGGCACGGAAGACGACGCGGUCGUGGGGCUCGUGUCCGAGCCUUUGGCCCCACGCUGGGAGGGCAGGUUCGGGGGCGGCGGCCACGCGAUCUCGGGGGCGGAAGCCGGCGCAGGGCCCAAAGAGGACGAUGAGGAGGACGAUGACGACAGCUCCUCAGGGGCCUCCGUCGACUCGGUGCUUCUGUCGCCCACCACUGUCCGCACCCAGGUGUUCGGCGACACGGAUGAUGAAAUCCCCGUGUAGGAAGGCAUAAGCGGCCUCCCGCGUUCCAGCUGUAAAGGUUUACUCGGCCGAGGAAGAGGGAGAGGGAGGGAGAGCACACACUACUUGACUGUUUUCUACCAAAUGCGCAUAUUGUCGAGGAGAGAGAGGACCGUUGAUUUUUAACGAGAGGGCUUUUUUUUUUUUUUUACACACUCCCUUUAAUAUUUGUUUUUAUUCUCCACUGAUUCUUUGUGAUGCUGUGCACCAAGGGAUCCGAGUCGUUGGUGUAAAAAAAAAAACCCAACAAAGCGACUGAAAGGGGCAGCGCCAUUGCUGCACAGGACGUUGGGUGGCGGUUAGCGGCGAGCAUUGUUCUAAACUUGACGUUAUAAGGUUUUUGAUUCGGGCCGUUAAACCAAAUGAAACGAGGCGCCGGUGGCAGCCAAUCGGUCACCAGCGCGCCCCGCCCCCAGCACUCCACCCCAUCCCGUCCGUCUUUCUCGUGUGCGCGCCGUCCCCAGCGCUGCACGCUGUCCGAUCUCGUCACGCCGGGAGAGACGGGGCGGAAGACAUCGCACUGAUGGCGUGUGUGUGGAGCGUCGUCGUCCUAGCAGUGGAAGCGCGCCCCGCGAUUUUCCGUGACGCGCCGCUCCAUAAAUCACGCAGAGCGGAGCGGUCGGAGGCGCCCGAGCGCGUCAUGACGGUGCGGGCAGGGGGGGGCGAUUUACUGCAGGUGCGCGUGAGAUUCAAAAACCGCAGUUUGUCACUUUGCUUUUAUCGGUAAGUCAACGGACGACAUGUGGCAGAUAAAUUGCUUUCACUCACUUAGCGGGGGACGUUUGAUUUAAAUGUUUCUCUUUUAUUCUUUUUGUCCCCUCAAGGGGCGUGAGCUGUCCCGUUGGGCACGAUGACGGCCCGCCCUCGCCCCUUGCCUCGUGUCAAUUGGCGACCCGGUGGGGGGGAUACUUUUCAGGCAUUCCUGCGAAAUCAAAACGUAAACCGUGUGACCAGGGUACAGCUUCUCUAACGAAGUUGCGUUCCACUUAGGGCUAAUUCUUUCUUUUUUAAAUACUCAGCGUGAGGAAGCUCGCUCCUUGGUAGCUGCCCGACUGGGGGUUAGGCGGGGGGGGGGGGGUUAAGCGUUUUGUUAUAAGUGCCCCCUUAAAGUGGCGCCGCGUGAAUGAGCGGUGCUGGAACGGUCCACUCUAGACGGCACAGUGCACGUCGUCCACUCUAGACGGCACAGUGCACGUCGUCCACUCUAGAUGGCACAGUGCGCGCCGUGUUUAUGUGCCAACCGUGGGAACGCGAUUCUGGCUUGGCGGCAGCUGGCGCUGCUCGACGGCAAUAACAACCUGGUGGUGUUUUGUGAGUUUUAUUUUAUUUUAUUCUUCCCGUGUUGUGUUCAUAUUAGGGUGCAAUCCGCUCGUGCAAUCGCCACGACAAGCCCGAGUCGGGAGAUGUUCAUCCUGGACCUAAGACGGAACUUUAGGUGCGGUGGCUGAUGCUCCAGUAGCACAGCCACGCAGAGACGGCUGUGCGUUGGUACAUGCGGUUCAGCGAGCGCGCCUGUACGUGCAGUGCUUCCUCGGUAGCCUAGAACAGAGGUCGGGAUCGACAAGCCUGUCGACCAGUACUAUGUCCCGGUGAGCGAUCAAGUAGGCGUUGGUUAGUGUAGCGCUGCGCAUUGUGAACUCUUAACUACCUAGUGUUUAAAGUGCUGACCCGUGUGUGCAAGAGAUGGGAGAGAGGGUGGAGGGGGACACCAGGGUAUGGCCGGUGUUAAACUUUGCGUGGAUAUCUUGUGAAGAAUUGUGAUGUGGUUAUGAUGUUCUUAAGAAGUGUUGAAGCUGCUCACUCGAGUUGUUUGGCGGACCAGAACGGGACCCCCCUCCCCGCCACACGCUGCCCCUGCCGCAUCUCCCCUUUUGCACUCGAAUAUUUUCAACGUAUAUGUGCAGCGCGUUGUGAAAAUCCUGGAUCGUUCCAAAACUCUGCAUUUCCACGAACGCUGGAGAGGGAGGCUCACCUGGGUGCGUGAACUGUACUCUCAGGCUCGGCCUGAAUUCCCACAGUGGCACCCCCCCCCCCCCUAAUAGGCCGAACCGACCCCCACUUGGCCUAAGGCUAGGGCUGGUUUGGCCUUCUAAGGCCGCUGUGGAAACUCUAGCCGAGCCUAACGGGUCCCAGGAGUGGAAAGCUACCGGCCUGGAACCAGCACAUCGCGGGCUCGCCACGCAGGCUCACAAGCGAGCGGAACCCCUCCGACCGAGAGCCGCACGCACUCACCGACGUCACCGCGGUAAAUGCAGAAGCGGGGAGGGGAGGGGCGGAUAACUGGCGUCCCCCUCUCGCUCAGUUCGGCCUCAGGGCAGCUUAUCGAUGUCAUUGAAACACACGGUGAAAAUUACAGGACGAAUAGGUACUCGCUUUGGAGAGCCUAACAUCCCGAGCCCUCUUUUAAAUAUUAAAAACUUUUAUGAAGUCACGUCGGUGCUGUGGGGGGUGGGGUGAGCGUGAAGGGUUGUCCCCAUGAAACCUCGUUACCCGUCGUUUCUGGGGACACGGAUCGCCUUCGUGCCGUCGAUGCCGCAAUGCUCAACGAGCCAUUCCUUGGCGUGGCCAAGUGGAGUGGUCAUGGAAAUGCAGCUCUGCGUAUUCACGCGAGUCUCUUUGAGAUUUGCCAAAUGGCCGUCGUGGGCAGCCAAAUCCCAUCGCCGCGAUGCUGCCAGGGUCACAGCAGCAGCGUUGCUCGUCGGAACUUUCUCGACCACCCAGUCGUCGUGCCCCCCGCCCCGCCCCCACCUCUGUGCCUUUUGCGUGUCUUACCAAGCGCGUUUCAGUCGCAGUUUAAGCGGGAUUGGUAAGCAGGAAAACACCUUGUACAGUACUGGCGGUGGCGAGGACUGGAGCUUGAGAAGUCUUCAUCUCCCUGCGAACUUGGCUCCACACCACGGUGGCACGGCGCCAGCCUGAUGAUCGUCGCCCCUCGGUGAUCGUUGCGAUUGGCUGCUGGUUGCUAAGGCCUCUGUGGCCACUACGGCGGUGUGGUGGGAUGCGUGAGCGAGUGGGUUUGGACGCGUUGUGUACGAGUCGCGUUUACACGCAUGGCAUGACAAGUCCCCGUGGAGGUUGGCGGGAGGCAGCUGUGCCUGCACUUGUUGGGCACCGACCGGUUUUGUGAAAUCACUACACGGGGAACUUCCUCAUGCGGUGGGGGGGGGGGGGCGCAUUUUGUAAUUGUGCGGGCGUUGGGAGCGAUGAUAAUUCUGCCCCCGAGUGACCAACGAAACAGAACCUGGCUGGGAAAGAAAUGGUGAAAAGCGGUCAGCCGGGAUUUAAUAACCAUCACGCAGACAAACUCGUGCGGGAAUUGAACUGCGUGCAACGUUUGGGUGUGAUCUAACUGGACAUGUUUUUAAAGUCUCGUUCCAUAACAAUAAACCCAACAACACCCCCCCCCUCCCCAAACAACUCGUACAUUCCCACGAAGCGUUCAAUCCCCUUGCGGGGCCGCGUUCUGUGGAGUCGUGUUUCUGUCACCGCGGCUCGGGCUCUUCCCAGGGUUACCGUGGCCACUUGGGCGAACGGACCUCGUGUUUGUGUGGCUGGCCAUGAGCCACCCACCCCACUGUGCCUGCUUUGAACGCCUUCGUGUAUGACGAUUCCCUCUUUUGAAGUGCUGUACGUUUUAAAAGUACAUUCCGCAAGAUUAGUCUCGAGUUGUUUUUCGGUGGGGUUUUUUUUUGUUUUGUUUUAAAGAGUAACCUAGUAUUUGACCAUUGCAAAAAAAGCUGAACAGGUACGACCACCGGAUGCUGUUAUCGCGAGAACGAGACGGUGAGAUAGGAUGGCGCUGCUUGUGAUUCAAUGAUGUUGACAGGCGAGGGAGGUGGGGGGGGCCUGUGAGGUCGAGCCGACGUCUCAACAUUUCGAGUGCUGACGCGUAGACGGUCAGGCUUUGUUUGGAAGACGUGCGCGAUCUCACACUGGUUGGUGAUGCAGCACGCCUGUAUUGUGACAGCCCGUCGACUUUAGGCCAGCAUUCGGAAAGGCGCGUCGUGCCGAACGCUUGGCCGGGUAAAUUGUCGCGUGAUAGCACGUGCGUGCAUAUCGACGAUCCGAAGUUAAACGUCCCACUUUCCUCGUCCUGGUGAUAGGUUAACAUUGGCGGCAGCAGCAGCAGUAGAGAGGGCAAUUUCGGCAAAUGACAAUUGUUGCACUGUACCUGAUAUGCUGCCACUUUCUACGCCUCCCCCGCCCGCCUUCGCCAACUCGCACUGCGUGGCGAAGUCGAAUGACUCUCGCGAAACCACCCCGAGUGAGGAGGAGGAGGCCUUCAUCCAGCAGUGGAUUGGCAAUGGGUUCUUUACAUGUGCGUAGAUUAAAGCACGGGGGGUGGGUAGACGUGCACAUGCGCCACUGUUUCUCGACUUCAGUCCUCGCCACCACGCCACAGCUGCGCGUGUGUGUGCUUUUCCAAGCAGAAAGCAUACGCAGCGCUCCACGGCGCCAUGUGUGUGUGUGAAUAAAAGCGAUCGGAGGGGUUGGUCGGUGUGGGGGGAGAGGUUGGUGGGGUCGUGAUGGAUGGACUGGAGUUGAGAAGCCGCUGCACUCAAGAGUUUGAAGAGGUGGAGGAGGGGGGGGGGGGCUUUUUAGAGCGUGUUAAUACAACAACAAAAAUAAUAAUAAAAACCGGCCACUCAAGAAGAUGUUUCGCUCAGCCGGCGAGAGGUGGUCUCAGGACUCUCCUUCGACUGCCUUGCGACGCGGGGGAGCAGUGGCGGUGGGUGCGAGAGCUCCCCGCGUGUGCCUCUGUGUUUUCACCAGAGUUGCUGUUUUAAAUUUGCCCUAUGCGGGACGAGCUCGCGGGAGACGCGCACAGCGGAGAGGCUGUUCUUCAAUGCAAGCGAUACCGUUUUAACUACAAUUAUAGUGUGGGAGUUGGGGUGGGGGGCUGUUUAUUAAUUAAUUGUAAAGUUGGGGGACCCCCCCCCCCUAUUCCUCCACCCCCCCAACCCCCCUGGGCUGUUGCUGUCACUGAAGCGAAGGCACGUGGUACGACUCUUGUGAAUACCCGUGUCGCGAUGUCACGUAAUAAAGUGUUAGAUACUAAAAC